AUGGUGAACAUUGCUAUGACAACCGUUGCAGUGUACAUUGCUAUGGCAACUGUAGCAGUGUCCAUCACUAUGACAACUGUAGCAGUUGGACAAUCUAUAAUCGCCCCUCGUGCCCUGCCUUUUGACAGUGGGCAAUCUAUAAUCGCCCCUCGUGCCCUGCCUUUUGACAGUGGGCAAUUUAUAAUCGCCCCUCAUACCCUGCCUUUUGACAGUGGACAAUCUAUAAUCGCCCCUCGUGCCCUGCCUUUUGACAGUGGGCAAUCUAUAAUCGCCCCUCGUGCCCUGCCUUUUGACAGUGGACAAUCUAUAAUCGCCCCUCAUACCCUGCCUUUUGACAGUGGGCAAUCUAUAAUCGCCCCUCGUGCCCUGCCUUUUGACAGUGGGCAAUUUAUAAUCACCCCUCGUGCCCUGCCUUUUGACAGUGGACAAUCUAUAGUCACCCCUCAUACCCUACCUUUUGACAGUGGACAAUCUAUAAUCACCCCUCGUACCCUGUCUUUUGACAGUCGACAAUUUGUGAUCACCCCUUAUACCCUACCUUUUGACAGUGGGCAAUCUAUAAUCACCCCUCUUGCCCCGUCUUCUGACAGUAGACAAUCUGUAAUCACCCCUCGUGCCCCGUCUUCUGACAGUAGACAAUCUGUAAUCACCCAUAAUACCCUGCCUUUUGACAGUGGACAAUCUGUAAUCACCCCUCAUACCCUGCCUUUUGACAGUGGACAAUCUGUAAUCACCCCUCAUACCCUGCCUUUUGACAGUGGACAAUCUGUAAUCACCCCUCAUACCCUGCCUUUUGACAGUGGACAAUCUGUAAUCACCCCUCGUGCCCCGCCUUUUGACAGUCGACAAUCUGUAAUCCCACCUCCUGCCCUGCCUUUUGACAGUGGACAAUCUGUAAUCACCCCUCAUACCCUGCCUUUUGACAGUGGACAAUCUAUAAUCACCCCUCGUACCCUGUCUUUUGACAGUAGACAAUCUGUAAUCACCCCUCCUGCCCUACCUUUUGACAGUAGACAAUCUAUAAUCACCCCUCCUGCCCUGCCUUUUGACAGUGGACAAUCUAUAAUCGCCUCUCCUGCCCUGCCUUUUGACAGUGCACAAUCUAUAAUCACCCCUCGUACCCUGUCUUUUGACAGUGGACAAUCUAUAAUCGCCCCUCAUACCCUGCCUUUUGACAGUGGACAAUCUAUAAUCGCCCCUCCUGCCCUGCCUUUUGACAGUGGACAAUCUGUAAUCACCCCUCAUACCCUGCCUUUUGACAGUAGACAAUCUAUAAUCACCCCUCAUACCCUGCCUUUUGACAGUAGACAAUCUGUAAUCACCCCUCAUACCCUGCCUUUUGACAGUGGACAAUCUAUAGUCACCCCUCAUACCCUGCCUUUUGACAGUAGACAAUCUGUAAUCCCGCCUCGUGCCCUGCCUUUUGACAGUGGACAAUCUAUAAUCACCCCUCAUACCCUGCCUUUUGACAGUGGACAAUCUAUAGUCACCCCUCGUGCCUUGUCUUUUGACAGUCGACAAUUUGUGAUCACCCCUCAUACCCUGCCUUUUGACAGUGGACAAUCUGUAAUCACCCCUCGUGCCCCGUCUUCUGACAGUAGACAAUCUGUAAUCACCCAUAAUACCCUGCCUUUUGACAGUGGACAAUCUGUAAUUCCCCCUCCUGCCCUACCUUUUGACAGUGGGCAAUCUAUAAUCACCCCUCUUGCCCUGCCUUUUGACAGUCGACAAUCUAUAAUCGCCCCUCCUGCCCUGCCUUUUGACAGUGGACAAUCUGUAAUCACCCCUCCUGCCCUGCCUUUUGACAGUGGACAAUCUAUAAUCACCCCUCAUACCCUGCCUUUUGACAGUGGACAAUCUAUAAUCGCCCCUCGUACCCUACCUUUUGACAGUAGACAAUCUAUAAUCGCCCCUCCUGCCCUACCUUUUGACAGUGGACAAUCUAUAAUCACCCAUAAUACCCUGCCUUUUGACAGUGGACAAUCUGUAAUCACUCCUCAUACCCUGCCUUUUGACAGUGGACAAUCUAUAAUCGCCCCUCGUACCCCACCUUUUGACAGUGGACAAUCUAUAAUCACCCAUAAUACCCUGCCUUUUGACAGUGGACAAUCUGUAAUUACCCCUCAUACCCUGCCUUUUGACAGUGGACAAUCUAUAAUCACCCCUCAUACCCUGCCUUUUGACAGUGGACAAUCUGUAAUCACCCCUCGUGCCCUGUCUUUUGACAGUGGACAAUCUGUAAUCACCCCUUGUGCCCUGUCUUUUGACAGUAGACAAUCUGUAAUCACCCCUCGUGCCCUGUCUUGA